AUGGUUCAAUUUUGGAAUUCUGCUUACAAGUGUUUCACUUUUAGGGAAGUGGAUUUAGUGCCUAUCGUCGAGGAACAUACUACCCUACUCAGGUGUCCAAAAGUGCAAGUUAGAAAAGCUUAUGCCAAGAUUUUUAAUGGUCAAACCUUCACGAAGAAAUUGAUGAAUAUUUUAGGGAUGAGCGAGCCUUGGGUCACCGCUCGGAUUCAACAAAAGAGAGAUAGUAAAUGUACCCCUUGGAAGAAUUUGAGAGAUUUGGUUUUAACACAUCCAGAUGAGAGAAAGAGGGUCGAUAUCUUCACCUUAAGCAUCUAUGGAUUGGUAAUUUUUCCUAAGGCUUCAAGGCACGUGGAUGAGGCAGUCACUGACUUAUUCGAUCGUCUUGAGAAGGAAAUCACACCGGUGCCGGCAAUAUUGGCAGAGAGAUUCAGAUCCUUGAGCACAUGUCGGAAGACGGGUGGGGGACGGUUUAUUAGAUAUGCACAACUAUUGAUGGUGUGGUUUCAUGGGCACUUUUGGAAAGUAGACAAGGUUUCUUAUCGCGUCUUUGCAGAAGGUUAUUUCUUGUUGAAAGAGGAAGCAACCAUACAAAGGAGAGAGGAUAUCUCGGAGGAGAAGUGGAUGGAAAUUCUUCAAAACCUUAAGGAAGAGGAUAUCGAGUGGAGAGCAUAUUGGAUGGUUCCAGAUGAGAUCAUGUAUCGGUGCGGUAACUUUGAUUGGGUGCCAUUGUUAGGAAUUUGGGGAGCUACCGGGUACACCCCAUUACUUGCAUUGAGACAAUAUAAAUCGAGGCAAUUUGUACCUACGACCUACGAACUUGCUCAGUGUGAAUUCUCUUUUAAAGGUGUCCACUAUAAAAAGAAAGUUCGGGAGCUAUCUGAUUCUUGGAAGCAAGCUCAUUGGAUAAAGAGGUUAGCUAUCAAUUCCAUGGUGACGCCUGAGUACGAUGGAUGGUUUAAGAAGAGGGUUAAUGAUAAUGUUCCUAGGCCAAGUUUAGAGAAUACUCGGCCUAUGGUAGAACAAUUACGAGUCUCCCCGUCAGAGUUGGAAAUGAUAAAACAAGACUUCGAGAAUAAGAGUUCAGAGCUUGGGAAAAAGAUCGAACAAUUGGAGGAAGAGAAGAUGCACCUAAGAUUAAACGCUGAUGUCCAGAGGUCAGAGGCUGAAAAGUGGAGAAGGGGGAAAGCUAAGGCCGAAGAGGAUCUAGACAGUUUAAAGACUGAUUACAAGAAGUUAUGCCUGUCUAUAAGGACUGCGGGGUUAGGUAAGACUUUCGAACAAUGGCAUGAAAUUCGAGAAGAAAAGACCAAGGCCGACCGAUGGGAAAGGAAAUCCGAAAAGCUCAGGCAUGAAAUGAAGAUCUAG